AUCUUUGCCGUCUCGGGCGAUCACCGAUUCGAGAGACCGGGGGUGGUGAUGAUAGAUGAGUCUUUUUUUUUUAUCAUCUGCCUUCUAUAAAUAAAUCAUCUCCCCUAUUUUCAAUUGCUUCCCAAAUCAAUUAUCCGUGUCUGCUUUGCUUGUAUCUUGCUUCACAUCAUCACAAUGGCUUCCUCCACCGUCGCCGAAGAAUCGACUACGCCCCAGACCCAAGUCACCCUUGGAAACAAGGUUAUCGCUAUUACCGGUGCAAAUCGUGGUAUUGGCUUGGGGAUUGCCGAAUGCUGUCUCUCCAAUGGUGCGGCCAAGGUCUACUCUAUUGAUAUUGGUGAGACUGGAGAGGACUUCACUGCCUUAUCUAAACAUUAUCCCGGUCAGCUCUUUACUGUCAAUGCUGACGUGACCAAUGAAUCCACAAUCACUGCUGCAAUUGAUAAGAUAAUCGAGGAGGCCGGUGCUUUGCACGGAAUGGUGGUUAACGCCGGACGAACCCACCACAAGGCUGCUCUUGACUUUACCAAGGAAGAUAUUGAGAACCUCUUCAAUGUAAACCUCUUUGGGGCUUUUUAUAGCGCACGAGCCGCUGCUCGUGCAUUUAUCAGGCUUGGAAUCAAGGGAUCCGUGGUUUUUACAGCAUCAAUGGCAUCCUACCGACCCAACAAGCGCGUUCCUUCCACGCCAUAUGGUGCGUCAAAGGCUGGUAUUCGGAAUAUGACCCACACUCUAGCGAUGGAAUGGGCACAAUACGGGAUCCGUGUCAACAGCGUCUCUCCAGGUCUUGUUAAUACUGCUAUGACAUACUGGGUUCCCCAGCAGCCGGACUGGGAGCAGCAACUCAAGUAUUAUGGUGGUUUUCCUCGGUUGGCUGAAGUGCAGGAACUUGGCGGUGCCUACGUGUAUCUCCUGAGCGAGGCUGCCAGCUACACUACCUCAAUUGAUAUUCCGGUUAACGGUGUCAUUGGCAUCUGCUAAUUGAUACACGGCGGGAAAAAUCUUGACUUGUAAAUGUAAAUAUGAUUAGGGUUCUUAAGUUCAGGUAUAUUCUUGAUACUAUUUGAUUGAGGAAUAAAUACCUUUAUGUACUUUUCCCAAA